AUGGCAGAUGUACGGCUUACGGAUGAUGAUAGUAGUGAUAAUCCAUUGGAUUCAUUAUAUUCAACACCUGCACGAUCACGAAAAAAUAGUGAAGAUUAUUUUGGUGUUGGAUUAUUGGAAGUAUUGUCUCAACGACAUAUGCCUGUGGGUAUUGAUCGACAUGCUAGUGUAGCAGAUAUGCUACUUAAUCGUAAAUUACCAACACCUAAUGAAGAUUCAGAUGAUGAAGAAGAUUAUCAACAGGAGCAAAAAGUGACAGGCGUGAGUGCUAGGAAAGUUGAUAGGACGGAUACACGACGGACAGAUACAGAUCCUUCUACCAUGGACAGAAGAAACAUGCUGGCUAUGGCACUGGCAAAACAAGCUCUUCCAUUUACGGAGACGACUUGUCUGAACAAAUUUACAGCAAAUAGCUACAACGCAUUGGAAGCUACAAUGACGGAACGAUCGUCACCGCUGGUUUCCAACAAGGAGUCGACUGAAAACUUGAAAGGCAAUCCAUUGGAGACUAUGCUUGCGGGGAGGAACGCACAAGAUAAAGUAAGCGGGGCUGCACAUCCGUUGACUGCGAUUUCAGAGCUGCGCCAUCAGGAAGCUGAAGCAUCCACUGACGCGGUAAAAGACGAGACACCCCUGAAGAACCACCCGACGUAUCAAAAGUACUUCAAAAUGCUGGCAGUAGGGCUUCCAGCAUCUGUUGUAAAGCACAAGAUGCAGAGUGACAGUGUGGACCCUGCCAUUCUGGAUAUGGAUCCAGACAAGCCCCUGCCCGAGGCUCCUGUACCCGCCCUCGAUGAAGAAACGGAGGUAGCGUACCAGGCACAGCUGAAGGAAUAUACUGCAAAACACGGCAAGUAUUUGCAGAUGGUAAAGGUAGGCUUGCCUUCCGCAGUUGUAGAGCACAAGAUGCGCAUGGACGGUGUAGACCCGGCGUGGUUGCAAGGGCCGCCGAAACGGCCGAAGCCGAAGGCUGUCGCUGCAGCAGAUGUAUCGGAUGAAGAGAGAGCUGCGCACCGUAAGAAAUACCGAAAAUACUUUCAGAUGCUUCGUAUGGGUUUGCCGCGCGGUGCAGUGGAGCAAAAGAUGAGGCUGGCUGGACUUGAUCCGGCAGAACUGAACGGCCCUCGUCAGGUUGCGGCUCCUGCUCAGCCAGUGCAAAAGUCAUUGAAGCGCAAGGACUCUAUUCGCAAGAAGCUACAUUGGGAAGGGAAGAAGAACGGGACACGUCGCGACAGUCUGUGGGGUGACAACGUGGAAGAGGCAAAGGAGCAAGUUCAAAUCUCGGAGGAGAGUCGCGCUAUGCUUGAGAAGUUAUUUGUGAAAGAUCUAUCCGAGAGCAAGAAGCGCAAUGCCUCCGCAAAGUCUGAAGGUGCUGCUGUUGUCAAGAAGAAGAAGGCUAUGAUCCAGCUCAUUGACAUGAAGAAGUCACAGAACAUUGCCAUUACUCUGGCGCGUGUAAAGCUGACGUAUUCGGAGCUGAAGCGUGAGAUUCUGGUAAUGAACUCAACUGUUCUUUCGCCUUCUCAGGUGCGGUCUCUCAUGGACAUGUGGCCCGAUCGAAAGGAGAUGGAAGCCAUUCUGGCUUUUAAGGGCGAUAUGGGAACAAUUGGUUCAGCAGAACAAUUCUUGGUAGAAGUGCGCAAUGUGCCUCGCUUCCAAGAGAAAUUAGCAUGUCUCGUAUUUAAGCAGGAAUUCCCCUCGAGGGUGCAUGAACUGCGCGAGUCGUUAGACCUCGUGACACGAGGCGUGUAUCAGGUGUGCUCAAGCGCUGAACUACGCCAAGUAUUUAUUUAUAUUUUGCAAAUUGGGAAUUUGCUCAACUUCGGUGGCGACGACGACCAGCAAGGCGUUGACGCCUUCUCGCUGGUGCAGUCAAUUGAACGGGACGUGCCCCACCUCGCGCACUUUUACAAGGACAUCGACCUCAUUUCUAAGUGCAGCAAAGUGGCGUACUCUUCACUUGCGUCGGAGAAGAAUGCGCUCGAAGCUGGGUUACAAAAGGUCAUGCGAGAAGCACAUGCUUCUAUGUCGGAUACUACUGCAGACGAUGCUGAUAAGGAGGCGAUGGCGGCCUUUCACGACACGCUGAUCGAGUUUUGUAAAGAUGUGGAUGCUCUUCAGGACCUGCUGGACAAGUUGAACGCAGCCAAGGCUCAUUUCCUCAAGUAUUUCGAAGAGGAGGAUACCGAGGAGGAACUGGACGUACUGCUCUUGCAUAUUGCAAAUUUUACGAGCGAGUAUCGCCGCGAGCACAGCACGUAUGUGGCCAAGAUGAAGAAGGACAGCGCAAGUUGA